GGGGAAAAAUUGUGGCUUUGGAGCUACUCACCCACUUGCAACAGCGGCAAACUCAUAGGAUAUAGGAAGAGUUUUGGUUAAAGAAAGGCAGGGAGAGGCCCACAGGGGGAUAGAGAUCACAGGGAGAAAGCAGAGGCAAAGGGGGCCAAACAGAGAGAAAAAGGAGGCAUCUUUGAUCCAAAAAAGGAGCCAUCUUUGAGGCAGAGUACCCACUCUCCACCGCUCGAGGAUUCAAGAGGCAGCUGACGAACCCUCUCCGCCUCCUCCUCUUCCCAUCGCUGCCACCGUUGCUGGUUCUUUUCCCCUUGCGAAGCGAAAAGGAGCCGCCUUUGCGGGAGGGGGCAUGGAAACCCCAGCAGAAGAGCUGCUGAAGAAGAUCCAGGAGCUGGAGGCGGGGCAAGCCCGCCUGAAGCUGGAGAUGUCGAGGCUGAUGCCCGCGGAUGAGGGCGGCGCGCGUCGAUCGGACCGCGGUCGGUCCCACUCGGUGUCGCCGCAGAGGACGGCGCCGCCGCCGCAGAGGAGGAAUAGCGGAGGCCUCGAUGGGGCUCCGUCGUCCUGGGGAAGGGGCUCAAGCUCCUUCGGACACUCGUCGAGGCUGCAGCGGGAGAGCCGGGUAGCCACCGGCUCUGCCGAUCACGCGGCUGAUAUCGGUCUCUCGGAGCGACAGUCCCUGAACAUUUUGCAAUCUAUGGGGCAGUCGGUCCACAUAUUCGAUCUCGAGGGCAGGAUUAUUUAUUGGAACCGAUCAGCGGCAAAUCUCUAUGGUUAUACUGCAUCAGAAGCUCUUGGUCAGAAUGCAAUUGAGCUGCUUGUUGAUGCCCAUGAUUUCAACAUUGCUAGUAACAUAGUUCGACGUGUAACCAUGGGGGAGAGCUGGACUGGAAAGCUUCCUAUGAAAAACAAGUUAGGAGAAUGUUUUGUGGCUAUCACCACAAACACCCCCUUUUAUGAUGAUGACGGUAGCUUGGUGGGUAUCAUUUGUGUCUCUAGUGAUUCAAGGUCCUUUCAGGACUUGGCAUCUCCCCCAAUCCCUACCAAGUCGCAAGCCUCUGUCAGCAGCACUGCAAGUCGCAUAAGAAAAGGUUUUACAAGUAAUGGUGGUUCCGAUCCCCAACAACCCCUCCAAAUUGCUAUUGCAUCCAAAAUUUCCAACCUUGCCACUAAAGUUACAAACAAAGUCCGUUCUCGAAUAAAGCCAGGCGAAAACAAUACCGAACGUGAAAUUGGAACUAGAGAUAGCCAGUGUUCUGAUCACGAUGAAAUUUCAUCCGACCAUAAGGAGGAUGGUGCUUCCAGUGGAGCUAGCACACCUAGAGGAGAGGCACCACUCUGUGCCUUUGGGAAGCCCUCUGCUGUGCUGGAGGAAAAGUCUCCUGGCAAAGCAACAAAAGUAAAUAAUGACGAAGAUGAAGGAAAAUCAGGCAUUCACAAGAUCAUAAGCAAGACAGAGGCAUUAUUUUCCAGUAAGGGGAUAUUAUGGCCCUGGAAAGCACAUGAGCAGGGGGGUAAUGAUGCAAAGAAUCGAUUUGUUUGGCCAUGGUUGCAUGGUGAUCAUGAAAAUGACUACAGUCAUCCAAAGGUAUCUGAGUCUGGUACAAAAACAGAAAAUCAACCAACUGAAAACAAUCGGACAGGAAAUAAUGAAGCUUCAGGCUCCUGGUCAUCUCUUAAUGUCAAUAGCACUAGCAGCGUUAGCAGCUGUGGAAGCACUGGCAGCAGUGCUGUUCACAAAGUAGAUGUGGAUACUGAUUGCUUAGAUUAUGAGAUCUUAUGGGAAGACCUUACAAUUGGAGAACAAAUAGGUCAAGGUUCUUGUGGAACUGUAUAUCAUGCUCUAUGGUAUGGCUCGGAUGUGGCCAUUAAAGUAUUCUCAAAGCAGGAAUAUUCUGAUGACAUUAUACUUUCAUUUAGACAAGAGGUGCUACUGAUGAAGAGGCUACGGCAUCCAAAUAUACUACUUUUUAUGGGUGCAGUUACUUCUCCUCAUCGUCUUUGCAUUGUGACAGAAUUUCUUCCACGUGGAAGUCUGUUCCGUUUGCUGCAAAGAAACACAACAAAGUUAGACUGGAGAAGGCGAAUUCACAUGGCUCUCGAUAUUGCAAGGGGAAUGAAUUAUCUACAUCAUUGUAGCCCUCCUAUCAUCCAUCGUGAUUUGAAGUCAUCAAAUUUGUUGGUUGAUAGGAAUUGGACCGUCAAGGUUGGAGAUUUUGGUCUUUCACGUUUGAAGCACGAAACUUAUUUGACCACCAAAUCUGGGAAGGGAACGCCACAAUGGAUGGCUCCCGAAGUUCUUCGAAAUGAACGAUCAGAUGAGAAGUCAGAUGUGUAUAGCUAUGGGGUGAUACUGUGGGAACUUGUCACUGAGAAAAUCCCUUGGGAUAAUUUCAAUUCAAUGCAGGUCAUCGCAGCUGUGGGAUUCAUGAAUCAGAGGUUGGAUCUCCCAAAAGAUUUGAACCCACAAUGGGUAUCCAUAAUCGAAAGUUGUUGGCAUAGUGAACCAAAAUGUCGACCAACAUUCCAAGAACUUAUAGAAAGAUUUAAAGAUUUGCAGAGACAACACGCCGUCCAGUCUCAUAUGCAGCGUGUCGGUGAAACCACACAGACUACUGCAAAAGCUAGCUUUCAGGAUAGGAAUGAGCCUGACUAGAUUAUGUGCCAUUAUUUUUGAACCAACCUCAAAUGGGGAAUGAAGCUUUUGUCGCUUUAGGAGCACAUUCUGUUCGGUCAAGGGAUUAGCAAUCGGCUUCAGGUCCUUCAGCAAGAAUGUAGCUAGCUGCAUGAUGUUCGGAUCAAGCCCUGCACGGUGUCCGUGAUUUCAGAUUCUUCUGCAUAAAAGAAGAUUGCGUCAGUAAGGCUUGCAUGAAUUCGGUCAUAAGAUCAGGAAAUGUUUCAAGGCGUCGAGGCAGUAAACCUAAAUGACAGUAUAUCUAAUGAGUUGAGAGCCUUGGGCUAGAAGGUCUGUGGGGGGAGUGUUUACCUCGUCUGCAACUGCUGCUAGCACCAUGUUUCAGCUUUACAGAGAGAAAAAACACUGCCAUGAACCUUUUCAAAAUGUUGUACUAUCAAGAGGCAACUCCACUGUGUAAUUGCUAUGUUCUUUACACAACAAAUGGAACCACUGGUUGUAUUGUACAUGACACAGAAUGCAUCUCUUUGUGCUAUUGUAUAUCUUCGAUUGCCGCAGUA